UCAAUAUAAGUGCUCAAUAGCCAUUUCUUGUUUCUCCACCUCCCUUAUACUGAACUGUUUUUCCUUCAACACUAUUCUUUUCAAUCCAUCUAUACCAUGAAUCAUUUCGACAUCAAAACUCCUUCAAAUGCAACAAUGCUCUUAUCCCAUGGGUCUCCUAGGGGCGCUGCUGCGGAUUUGGCAUCCGAAUCGAAUUCCUUAGGCCGGUCCCUGGACUUCUCAUGGGUCCAGAGGGCUGGGAAAGGAUGUCGACUUCGUAGCAAAAUUUGUAGGGUGGUUACAAGUGUUGAGAAGAAUGGAAGAUUUGAAGUGAAAGCUUUUACAGAAGAGCAAGAAGCUCUGGUGGUCAAGUCAUGGAAUUCAAUGAAGAAGAAUGCUGGAGAGCUAAGUCUUAAAUUCUUUUUGAGGGUAUUCGAGAUUGCACCGACAGCAAAGAAGUUGUUCUCAUUCUUGAGAGAUUCAGAUGUCCCCCUGGAGCAGAACCCGAAGCUGAAACCGCAUGCUAUGACCGUCUUUGUUAUGACCUGUGAAUCAGCAGUUCAACUUCGGAAGGCUGGAAAAGUCACUCUAAGAGAGUCGAACAUGAGAGAUUUGGGUGCCACUCACUUCAAAUAUGGUGUAGCCGAUGAACAUUUUGAGGUAACAAAGUAUGCUUUGCUGGAAACUAUAAAAGAAGCAGUCCCGGAAAUGUGGUCACCGGAGAUGAAAAAUGCAUGGGGAGAAGCCUUUGAUCAGUUAGCUGCUGCUAUCAAGACUGAAAUGAAGCCUCCAUCCCACCUCUAAUGAGAGAUACCAAGCUGGGAAAAAUAGGAAAAGAAUUCUCUUAAGAUACACAAUAAGUUUUGAUACAGCUAGCACAUGUUAUCAAAUUGAGGAAAGGCUGAGACAUACAGCAUGUUACUCAUGUAAUUAGGAAAUCUUGUUAUCUAAUCUGCUCUUCAGCUCUUUUCAGGCCCCAUUCCGCUAAUUAAAAUAAAUAAGAACCUUAGCUGAACGUGGCCUCAGAAUUCAUGUCCUUAUUUGUCCUCAUGAUUUUGCUAUAUUAUUGAUGAUUUUUUCA